AUGCCGCCAAAGGAAAGGAGGAGUCCCGAUAUACAACACCAAGACGAUGACCUGACGCCUCGAUGGAGGCCGCUCGCAAGUGAAGGCGACGAAAGUCACUGAAAAUGGAACGAGAGCAACGACGGAGCUAGCGCGUCUAUCGUUCAGAAGGUCCUGCCAGGGCAGAUACUGAGACAAUCUGGUGGGCGACCGGGGGCUGAAAUAACGAGCGAGAAGCGCCUCUCCUUCUUUCCCCGUCCGCGCGGCAUUUGUGGUCAGAUACCGGAGGUGAGAAGAUCUGGAAUCCAUCUGUCGCAUCUCGCCUUCAAAAUCACCACCCUUGUUGACGUUUUCCAUCUGAUCAGACGCCGCGAUGGUCUGCCGCGCUGCUGCUCUUCUUAUCCUUUGCGGAUGGGCGUGUGGGUGCUGGGCCCAGCUGCAGCCCCGUGGACUCCAAGUAGAUAAUGGCAUCGAAAACGCCCCAAAAGUAUCCGGUGGUGAGUGGGCUGGCUGGGGUGGCAAAAGGGCGAUGCGAUGAUGCUGAGAAAUGCCUUUCUGGUCUGUUUCCCCAUCUCAGCGACAGUUGAAGAUGUGUUGAACCUCACCGAAGCCCUCCAGCCCUUCGCAGCCGGCGAUUCCCUCCAGGCCAUCUCCGUCACCGACCGGUUCCUGGUCAUCCCUCCACAGCCGUCCAGCACCAGCCCCCCGUCACUCAGCGCAUCGCAGCCCAGCAACAACCCGCUGGUGCACGACGCCCCUGUGCUCGUCUUUCGUGCCACAACGGCUCCCGAGAAACAAGAGCUCUUCAUCGUGGGCUUGGCCGACAAGCCUCAGCUGAAGCGUCUUGAGCUGCCCGCGUCAAUCACGCCGGCCGACUCGGACAAGGACCUGGACUUUGUGACGAUGCCCGGCGACGCCAAGACGGGCGCGUUGCUCGAUGGGAGAUACUACACGGUUGCCGAGUACACCGACAAGUCACUGGUGCUCUUUGGCGUGGAGCUGGACAGCCGCGGGGGUGCCCUUGCCACCCCGAUGGGCGUCAUUGGGACGGCCGACACGGCCAGCCACGAGCUGGCGGUGUUCGACGGCAAACUGUGGGUAUAUGGGGAGCGCGCGUCGUCCACAGGCGUGUUCAUCAUCAGCCCUCCCCCGCUGCCGCGUCGCCUCACUCCCUGGCUGAUGGACACCGACACAUCAGCGGUCGGCACACUGCAGCUGCGCGACGGCAGCUCCCUCCCGCGGUCACCUGCGUGGCGGCCCCUGACCUUCAUCAAUGGCCAGUUCUACUUCGUGGCCGGGAGGGGUGACAUGUUCAUCGCCGAGAAGAUGCGCAACGGCAUCGACGGGCGUGACGGGAGGGAGAUCGAGAUGACCGAGGGCAUCACCAACGCCAACGCACAUCUGCUCAGACAGCGGGAGGGCGGCAGGGACACCUACCAGGCCGUCCGGAUGAGCGCAUCGGCUCGUGGGCUGCUUGACCAGGAGGCCGGGGUGCGUGUGACAGCCAAUCGGACCAACGGAGCGUUCGCUGUGUGGACGGGACGACUGUGUUUUGCUGGUGCGGCGGGAGAUGGAACUGCGGGUAUUCUCUGCUACAAUCCCCGGGAUGACGACGUGCGACUCAUGCCCGACCAGAAGAGACGCAACCAGGUAAUACCUACUGGACGGAAUCAGACAACAACUCAAUAGUUGUUCCCAUUGCGUGCGGUUCAUGCGACAGGUGGGUGUCGCGAUGCCCUCUAAGCCGCUCGCCUUCACUGUGGUCCAUGACGCGAUCGCGAGGCAGCCCGUCAUAUACUUCAGGUAUGUAUGUAUCCAAACACACACACUGCCAAACGGCGCCUUCUCUGUCGCCCCCCCGUCCGUCCAUACGCAGUGCGCUCGUUGCUGUGUUUGUGUUUUCGCAGUGCGGUUGAGAAGGAUUCCCCGCACUCGGGCAGGAAACUCUUCUACUUCGACGGCGAGGCCAUCCAUCCGGUGGCCGUCCCCCCAUCCAGCAUGACAUCGGCCGCCACCCAGCCCCUCACCCCCGUGCACCCACAGACAGCAGCCACACCAGCCGACACGCCGGCAGCCACCAACCUGCGAGGAGGCGACACAUCGGUGGCCCUGAAGGCCCCGGCCCCAACGAGUGGGGAAGACCAGCCGGGGCGUGUACUGUUUGGGGGGCAGCAUCCGAAGCUGGGGACGACCAUCUAUGAGAUGGAGAUUUGGGGCAAGGGCAGGGAGGAGCGGGUCAUCAAGCCGAUCGACGUCAGCGGCAGCGAGCCGAGAGGCUAUGGGAGCCUCGGCACGUCGGCACUGUAUGUGGCGGUAGAGCGGGAUGGGCACCUGGUGCUCGUCAAGGUGACGCCCACCGAGGGCUGAUCGAUGGAUGGAUGGAUAGCAUAGCUUAGCUGUACGUUAUAGAUCCAAUCAAUGUCCGGCCGGUAGAUCGAUAGGCGAGGGAGGGAGGAACAGACAGACAGACAGACGUCUGCGAGUUUUCCGGUUCGUUCUCUCUUUUUCUGUGUGUAGAAAGAUACAUGUCAUGUAGAAUCGGGUGGGCGCAAUUCAUUCGGGGGGUUUGGCUGUUUUGUUUGCUGCUUUGCUUACCAUGUGGCUGGCCCCAAUUGAGCUAAGUGACGGCGAUUUAAGUAGCUGCGAGAAAAAAAUGUCGUGUCGUGACUCGUGACUAGACACACACACAUACAAUUGGCAAGACACGCACACACACACAGUGAGACGGUGUCCACACACCUGUGUGCGGGCGGACAGAUAAACAGUUAUGGUUUGUCCGACGCCGACAAAUGUUAUUCAUUAUACAUACAGUCCUUACACUCAAUGCAAU